AUGGCUUCCAAAAAACAGCAGCAGGAAAUGGUGCAGGUCGACCGCUCCUCUUCUGCCUCGCCCUUUUGGCGCACGACAUCCAAUACCGCUACCUCACCCACAGGCAAGAAGGUUAUCGGCGCAUCAUACUCCCAUGCCGACAUACUCAACUUCAGCUCACUGAGCGUCUCUGGGUCGACGUCACGGCCUCGCACCCCGCCAUCGGCUACGCAUAGUCGCGAGUCGAGCAUUGCCCCAGGCCGGUCAAGCAAGACCACAUCGCCCCGUUCGCGCCCAACAUAUAGCCACUUUCUCAACGACACACAGCAGGACUGGAACCAUGGCGAUGACCCAGAUGACCCCGACAACAUGUUUGAGGACGAUGAAGACGAAUUUGGCCUACCGAGCAUUGCAAAUAUGCGGAGAAAGGGCCGUCGCAAACAGCCGACAAAGCCAAAGGACCCAGGCGGCACCGCUCGCAGGGAAAGUCAGGGUUCGACUGCAUGGCGGGCAAUAGACAGUGGUGACAUAGCCGAAGAGCGAGGCAUACCCAACUACCCAACCGCCAAGAAGAUUGAAGGAAAGAUACUACGACCGCAAUACCAAGAAAUCCUGCGCGACCCCGCAAAUUCUCUACAUCUCAUCGCACAUCCCCCCGUAGACCCGAAUGCGUCAGCAAAGCAAAUUGAGGAGCACUCGGCCCGAACAACAAGAAUCAACAAAUUUAAGCGGAUACUUCAAGCCAGCACCAUCUCGCUUUCCGAUUUGCGCGACUCAGCAUGGUCGGGUGUGCCAUCUGAAGUACGCGCCAUGACAUGGCAAGUCUUGUUGGGAUACCUCCCCACCAGUAGUGAAAGGAGGGUUGCGACACUGGAGCGCAAACGAAAGGAAUACCUCGAGGGUGUGCGGCAGGCUUUCGAGCGAGGGACUUCUGGUAGUGCAGGCGCUGUCGCCUCUGGCAUGGCUGGGGGCGCCUCUUAUCCUGCAACAAACCGAGGGCGUGGGCGUGGCCUGGAUGAAGCGAUAUGGCAUCAAAUCAGCAUCGACGUGCCUCGGACAAACCCCCACCUAGAACUCUAUAGCUACGAAGCGACGCAGCGGUCGCUCGAACGCAUACUAUACGUUUGGGCCAUACGGCACCCCGCCUCGGGCUACGUACAGGGCAUCAACGACUUGGUAACCCCAUUCUGGCAGGUCUUCCUGGGCGCCUACAUCUCAGACCCCGAUAUUGAGUCUGGUAUGGAUCCUGGGCAGCUACCUAAGCAGGUUCUUGACGCUGUAGAAGCUGAUUCAUUCUGGUGUUUGACUAAGCUGCUUGAUGGGAUACAGGACAACUACAUCGCCCACCAACCGGGGAUCCAGAGGCAAGUGUCAAGCCUGAGAGAUCUCACCACACGCAUCGAUGAUGGGCUAGCAAAGCACCUCCAAAAUGAGGGUGUCGAGUUCAUACAAUUCAGCUUCCGUUGGAUGAACUGCCUUUUGAUGCGUGAGAUAUCCGUGAAGAACACAAUACGGAUGUGGGAUACCUAUCUGGCCGAGGAAGAUGGGUUUUCGUCUUUUCAUCUUUACGUUUGUGCCGCCUUUCUUGUAAAAUGGUCGGAUCAACUUCGCAAGAUGGAUUUCCAAGAGAUCAUGAUGUUUUUGCAAUCAUUACCUACUCGGCAAUGGACCGAAAAAGACAUAGAAUUGUUGUUGAGUGAAGCCUUCAUCUGGCAAAGCCUGUUCAAGGGUAGCGGUGCCCAUUUGAAGAACACUGGCUCAAGAGAGAUCGGUGUAGGGAUGGGUCCCGACUUUUAA